CCCCCUUUCCAUCUCUCUCUCUCUCUCUCUCUCUCUCUCAAGAUAUUCAUUUUACCGUUACAGAAUCAAAUUUUUAAUUCCAAAGUACUGAAAAGCGAGGAGCCCAAGAAGCAAAGCGAUUAACCAAACCAAUCAAGCUUUUGAUCCGUUAAUUAUGGCUGAGGUAACCAACGUCUCUCUGUAACCCACUCUUCAACCUUUAUUCCACACUUUUGACCCUAUUUCCCUAAUCCUCGCUCAGACAAACUCCGACUUCCACUCCGACCAUCCUCUUCCCCUGAGACUCGCCGCACUGGAUCAUCCCAUGGAGAGAGGACCCAGAUAUGAAGCUUACGCUGAAUUGAGAGAAUCAAAGCUCCGACUCAGGCUCAUUACUCAGCGGCAACAAAAAGAACUUGAUGGACAAGAACCCGACCCGAAACUACUGACCCCGCCUGCGAAACUGGUCAGGUUUCAAUCGAGUUCCGGGAGAGAGAGGAAUAAUGAAGGUCGUUUAAAUGGUGGGCGAAGAGGGUGCUCUGUUCUUGCUCAGUCUGUGCCGGAUUUCUCAGCGGCGGCGUUACGGAAGGAGAAUCGGAAGCCAGCGAACACCACGCCGCCGCCGCCGGCGAAGAGUUUCUCGCGAGCGUCCAGUCUAAGAGGGAGCCUGUCGGCGAAUGCAGGGGAGAGGAGGGGUGGUGGCGUUCUGGUGGCAAGGAAGAGCUACGCCGCCGUGGAUGAGCUCAGGAGUUUAUCUUCGGCGGUGAGUAACGCCAUUACCAGUGAAAGCAGAGGUGGAAGGAAGACUGCUAUUGGAUGCAGAAGGUCCUGAUGGGAUAUCUUGGAACCUUUUGAUUUAUUUGUCUUUCUUUUAUUCCUUCAAUUUUUUUUUUUUUUUUUUUUUGCCAGGACUUGCAGUGCCCUUCAAUUUGAUCUUCGUAAUAUUAUAUUGGAGAUGUUUUCUCUCUGAAUUUUUUUCAAAUGUAAAACAAAUUUAAUA